AUGGGUAUAUUUAACGAACAAUCUUUUGAUCAUCCUUUUGCUAAAGGAAUUCAGGGUGCCCCAGGAGUUGGAUUUAGUCUAACUGCAAAUGGAAAUUAUGAUAUGAAUAAAAAAAGACUCACAAAUGUUGGCGCACCCAGUGCUAAUAAUGAUGCUGCUACAAAGAAGUAUGUUGAUGAUAAUUCCAGUGGUACACCCUCAACAUCACGAUUAACAGUUGAUUCAAAUAUUGAUAUGAAGGAUCAAUUUCGUAUUCUUAACCUAAAACAUCCAGUUGACUCAGAUGAGCCGGCUACAAAACAAUACUCAGACAGCAGAUUUCUUGAUAGAAAUGGUUCCCGAACAAUGAUUGGUAAUCUAAGCAUGAAUAAUAAUAAAAUAAUUAAAGUUGGCACACCAACAGCUAAUGAUGACGUAGCAACCAAAAAGUAUGUGGAUGAUAAAUCCAGCAGAUGA